CACCACAUAAAAAAAAAAAAAAGAAUGAAAAUAUGGCUAAACCAUUGAAAGCUUUUCUCACCAUUCAUCAUUUAUGGCUCUUCUUCCAUCUUCUUAUUCCCUCAAAACUAUCUUCCAUACCUCAUCCCAACCCUAUCUAUGGCUACACAACUCCAUCAAUUUUACUCCACCAUGUUUCAAUCCAAUAACUGAUUCAAAGCAACACUUGAACCUCAAAAGCAGCAACUCCAAGCUAUUUAUUGUUUCUUAUAGGUAUUUCACUAAAGAAGAAGAUGAAGAUGAAGAUGAAGAACACAACUUUGAUGAAGCAGUGACUCUGUUUAAUGGUGGAGAGUACUACAAAUGUCAUGACUAUCUUGAAUCCCUUUGGCACAAUGCUGAGGAGCCAUCAAGAACAUUAAUUCAUGGAAUACUUCAAUGUGCUGUGGGGUUUCAUCACCUCUUCAACCAGAACCAUAAAGGAGCUAUGAUGGAGUUAGGGGAAGGACUAUGUAAACUGAGAAAGAUGGAGUUCUCUAAUGGACCGUUUCUUAAGUUUGAGAAAGAGAUUUCAGAUGUUUUGGAUUUUAUCUACAAGACACAGAUAGAGUUAGCUGCAUGUAGUGAGGAUAUUUGUGUUGCAAUGGAUCAAUCAGAAAGAUCCUAUCAACUUAUGGGGGAAUAUGCUGCAGGGAAGCGUGUAUAUGAUCUAGAACUUGCUUGUGAUGCAUCAGUGUACAUUUUGUUCUGCCCUCAAGGGUCUUAUGGUGCCACUGAAUCCCCAAGGGUAAAGCUUCCCAAGCUUAAGGCUACCUCAGAACAUCUUGUACCCUAUGAAUACAAGUAAAUGCAAAAAUUAUUCUUCAAUUCUGUUAGAGACCAGAUACUGUAUAAAAUCAUGUAGGAUACCAUAUGCUAAACUUGUGUUUUGUAAUGAUUUAAAAAAGCACCAAAUUUAUCCGAGCAUUUUCCAUUGGUUAUCUA